CACGUUUCCAAUAGCAAUUUAACAACGUUAGAUUAUUUAUUUCAGUUUCAACUGAAAGUGUCUUGAUAAGAGAAGUGAAAAAAGUUUUUCAUACAAAUCUCAUCUACAAUGCCCCGCAAGAAGGUGACAGAUGUUUCUGGGAAUGGAGGCUUGAAGAGGAAGAGGGGAGGUGGCAGGAAGAAAGACCGGGACUUCAGCAGUGAUGAUGAGUUUGAUGACUAUGAUCAGGAAAACACAAAGAAACCAGGGAAACCAGCAUCGAAGUCUGGCCUCCAACCAGUCACUGUGGCUGAGGACGUGAAGGAGAAGAUUAAACUUGAGGUUCCUAAAGUCAAAGGUCAGCUUCUCAUCUUUGGGGCCACCAACUGGGAUUUGAUUGGUCGUAAGGAAGUGCCAAAACAACAAGCGGCCUACAGGAAUCUGGGGCAGAAUCUGUGGGGGCCACACCGUUACGGCUGUCUGAAUGACGUGCAGGUGAGCAGUGUGGUGUCAGGACCCUGUGCAGCACACAGCUUGCUCAUCACAACCGAGGGAAAACUCUGGAGCUGGGGUCGCAAUGAGAAAGGGCAGUUGGGCCACGGUGACACCAAACGUCUGGAGGCUCCAAAGCUGAUCGAGGCCUUGGGGGAGGAGGUCAUCGUAGCUGCGGCUUGUGGGCGGAACCACACCCUUGCCUUAACGGAAAAUGGUGUGGUGUACUCGGUUGGAGAGAAUAAAUUGGGUCAACUCGGUCAGGGCAACCAGACAGAUGCUGUUCUCAGCCCAGCCCCAAUUCAGUACAAUGGGCAGCCUCUGGUGAAAGUGGCUUGCGGAGCAGAGUUCAGUAUGGUGGUGGACUGUAAGGGAAAUCUCUACUCCUUUGGCUGCCCAGAGUACGGCCAGUUAGGGCAUAACUCUGACGGGAAAUUCAUUGCUCGAGCUCAGCGCAUCGAGUUUGACUGCGAGCUGAUCCCGCGACGAGUGGCCAUCUUCAUCGAAAAAACGAAAGAUGGUCAAGUGAUGCCUGUGCCCAACGUCGUGGCUCGAGAUGUGGCCUGUGGUGCCAAUCACACUCUGGUGCUGGAUUCGCAGAAACGCGUGUUCUCCUGGGGUUUCGGGGGUUAUGGCCGUCUUGGCCACACGGAGCAGAAAGAUGAAAUGGUUCCUCGUUUGGUCAAGCUCUUUGACUUCCCUGGUCGUGGGGCAACCCAAAUAUACUGUGGAUAUCAGUGCUCGUUCGCUGUCAGUGAGACAGGUGGCUUGUUUUUCUGGGGUGUAACAAACACUUCUCGUGAGUCCACCAUGUACCCCAAAGCUGUGCAGGACCUCUGUGGCUGGAAGAUCCGUAGUCUGGCCUGUGGUAAGAGCAGUAUCAUCAUUGCAGCAGAUGAGAGCACCAUAAGCUGGGGUCCAUCUCCCACAUUUGGAGAGCUGGGAUAUGGUGAUAACAAACCCAAGUCCUCCACCACUGCUCAGGAGGUCAAAACUCUGGAUGGGGUUUAUUCAGAACAGGUGGUGAUGGGCUACUCACACUCGCUUGUUAUCGCCCGCCAAGAGACAGAGCAGGAGAAAGAAAGGCUCAAGAAGCUGCCAGAAUACAAUCCACGCACUCUCUGAUUGGAUAAGACCUCCUGACCAAUCCCUUGUUUUCUUCGGAGGCAUCUGAUUCCGUUCAGAAUGCGUCUGCUCACUAGGUCACAUGUGUAGAGUCAUGAUCGGGAUGGGUAUGGGUGGGAUGGGUUUUCAUUGAAAAAAACAUCGGGAAACAAACACAUCAAUUUGGACUGAACUGGGAAAGGAAGCUGCAAUAACUGAUCUGUGUGAGCUGGAACUCCUGGAUUGCAGGUGCUUUGCCACAUUGCACCUGUUACUUAUUUUACAGUAACUACAGCUGGGAGGGAACUGCACAAGUUUCCCCCCCAAGCACUUACUCGUCAUUCGAUUUUUACUCCUUCCUUCAACAUUCCAAAAGGACGUUUCAUUCAAUCAUUUUUUUGUGUGUCUGUAUUUCUUUCAAGUUGGCUUUGAUAACGGUUUGUUUUCUGUAUUUUCCAAAUAAUUGGUGCUACAUUAGUCUGAAUUGGACUCAUAGACAUGCAAGGGUCACUAAAAAGACCAACACUCCAUAUUUGUGCCUUUUUAGUGAUGUAUGUCCAUCUAUGGCUGAUUUUAUUUUCCAAAGACACACAUCAUUGUUUUUGUUCUGUUCUUUUGGGUCUCAAGGACUGUAGCAGUAUUUCUGUGUUUUCAGUGUAUGCAGUCAGUUCAUGCAAACAGGAUUUAAGAAAAAUUACUGUACCACCAUCCUGUGUUUGCCAUUGUCUGGAAUGUAGUUUCAUUCCCCUGUUUGCCAUCAUUAAAUACCUGUGUUUAAGUCUUUGUGUGAAGUCACGAGGUGUCUUCGUGCUGGAAUGUCGGCUAAACGAUUAGACACCUGAUUUUUGUAAACAUCACUGGGGAAAAAAAAUAAUCUUACGGUUUAUGUAUAGAUCCCUGAACUGUAUUUUGUUUUGAUGGGAUAUACUCGGGGAUCAAAAAGCCCAUUCCUUUUUCAAUUUCUAAAUUUUUUCAUGAAAAGUUAAAUAAAGGUUCUUGUAAAUUGG